AUGACAGAAAAUACGAUGUCACAUCCACUUGUUUUAUGUGGUCUUCCCCGCACUGGUUCAACGCUUCUCUAUAACUUACUUGCCUGUGAUCCAGCAUCUCGAGCAAUCAUCUAUACGGAAAUGACACAACCCGUACCACCAGUGGCACGGUGCGAUACUGCCGGACAGAUACAACGUAAUAUUGCUGGGCGGCAAUAUCGUGACAUGUUGUAUAGUUUUGGCUUGACCGACUCUCUACGAGAGAUGUAUGCUUCUCAUCCUAUCUUUUCAUAUGAAGAAGAUUUACUUAUUCUUUUCCAUACCGGAUGGAGUUGGUUUCAUAGUCUGCUCGCACCUCACGACGAUAAUGAACUUGCCAUGUGGUUAGAAGAUAAUAGGAACAAGAAUUUUGUUUAUGAAUAUCACAAGACAUUCAUACAAAUGUUAAACAGUAUCGAUGCAUCUCGCUCUCAUUGGAUCUUUAAAACACCAUUUCAUAGCUUGUACAUCGAUCAACUCAUGCAUCAAUAUCCAUCAGCCUUACUCAUCAUGACCCAUCGCCGACUAGACGAGGUACUACUUUCGUUUUGUCAUUUAUCAAUUGCAUGCGGAAGUCCAUACUUCGACAAGAACAAAGAUGAUACAGCAGUUGACAUUCAGACACUUGUAAAACGCACAUUACAUUUGGCGGAUGUUAUGAGUCAUCGUCUUGUCAACUUUCGACGUACUCAUCAAUAUAUUCCUUGUUUUGAUGUAUUGUAUGACGACCUAGUCGCUCAGCCAAUCGAUACAGUUCGUCAAAUUUACAAAUACUUUGGUCUUGUCUGGUCGGAAGAAUUCGAACAGGCUAUGACAGUAUGGCUACAUGACAAUCCACAAGAAAAAUACGGUCGCAAUUCCUACACACUUGCCAGUUAUGGAUUAUCGUGCGCCGACAUUGAACAACGCUAUAAGGAGUAUAAUAGUAUGUUUCUCAAUUCGCGAAAUUCGACCAGCACACAGUGUGAUACGAAAAAAGAUGUGAGUUCUUUGAUGACUUCAACUGACUCGUCAUCCAGCGACUCGAAUAACAAUGACUGAAAUGAUCCAUUGGCUAACUAAUAUUAUUUACUUUCAUACCCUCCGAUUUCUGUUUUAUCUCUUAUCUAAACAGAAAUAAACAAGCAUCAUCGUAGUAUUCAAGUCAACUAGCAGUAAUAAUUUGAUAGUUGAGUGUGUCGGUGCGGUUAUGAAUGUGAAUAGGUGUGGGGCGUGGGUGCAGUUGCGGAUGCCGAUACAUGUGGAUGUAUUUAGGGUGUGUGUGGGUGUGAAUGAGCAUGCAUGUGAGUGCGUGUGGCUGUGGGGUGUAGGUGUGUGAGUAAGAGAUAAAUGAUACCCACACCCAGACUCACAUCCCACACCCACACCCACACUCGCAUCCCACAUCCACACCUACACCCACACCCACACCCACACCCA